UGUAGCCCAAAUCGUAAAACGCGCAGCCCUUCGUCCGUCCGGAGUCUGUCCAGGAAAAGAAGCAAGAGUGGCCAACUGUGCUUGAGUAGAGAGUCAGACACACCUUUCUCGGCAUCGCGACUCUCGGAGAACAGACAGGAAGGAAUCGGAGAAAAUUUGACGAUUUGCAAGAGAGGUAAGAAAAGCGAAAACUGCUUCUACUCCAAUGGCAGAUAACAGUGAAACCAUUCCUCCGUCACACGACCUCAAUGCCAAAUGGGACGCUUGCCUUGAUCUCACCAUCCGUCGUUUCGUCUAUUCUUCAUUAGGCGGUGCAUUUGGUGGUCUCCUAUUUUUCAGGAGUCCAGUGACACGCUGGGCAUCAGUAGCUUUUGGCGCUGGAGUGGGAAUUGGAUCUGCAUAUGCAGAGUGUUCUCGUCUAUUUGAUGGAUCAUCAACAAAGUCAGAAUCACCUAAGAUAUUAGAGACUUCUGCACAGGAUGUGCAGGACUCUUGAAUAGUCGCUGCUAUGAUGUUGGAUCCUUGUUUCCUGGUUGUUGUUGAAACAGAAUUUUCUGGGCAUUGGUGAGUUUUACCCGAAUUUGUAAAACGUUGUUCUUCCAUGAUUUCAUAAAUGAAAACCUAACACCAUACUUACAAGCAUACGUCAAAGGAGAUAACGACAUUGCUAUUCACAAGCUAGUCUUUGUGCUCUGCCUCGUAGAACAUUUCCGUUUCUCAAGAUAUUUCUUAAAAUCUCGGUACUGCUGCAAAGUUAAUUUUUCGAUCAGUAACUU